UUUAGUAAAUAAAUUAUAUUUUGAUCAUGGAGGGGGGUUGCUGUAACCUGCGUAUGAAUUGUAUUAUAGGUGGUUUCUGGUUGAUGUUGUAUUACACCGCCCUGGCAUUUCUUAUGUUGUACGAAAUCGAUAACAGUGUUCAGGUGAAGUAUAUAGAUAGUAGAGGAAAAUCCAGUUACAGGAAGAAUGCUACGGGCUUCUGGGUGCUGGGAGUAUGCUUUUUAUCAAUGACCUUAGUUUCCUUGUCGCUGAUCUUGGGCACCCUUAUGAGGCACUGUGCGUUUAUUAUCGUAUUUCUAUUCUCCCAGAUCAUUCCGGUGUCUGUGGAACUCUUCUACUUACUGAUAGCCCUUAUGUAUGGCAUUGAAACUGAGUUUGUUUUCAUAUACCUCCUGCCCUUUUUGUAUCUCAUCUACAUCGAUGUGGUGUCAUAUUUUUAUUUGUCUGAAUUGAGAAGGUUGCAGGAUCAAAAAACAUCGAUAAUAGAUAUUGAAUAUUAAGGUUUUCCUUAACUAAUUUAUUUAUUUAUACAUUUUAAAAGACUAAAAUCACAUACCACUUUUUCCGGUAGAACUCACAGCCGCAGCGAUAAGGUUGGUUGACUUGAGAGCAGGGAAACAUGUCAAGAAAUAAAAACAAAAAUGAUUUAUCAUAAUGGGAGUUGGACCCGGAGACGGGGCCCGAAUUGGAAUUGGAAUGGGAGUUGGACUGGAGAGCCUGAACUCCCAGCGGCGUUGCCUAAAUGGGCGAUAACGGCCAAAAAGAUCAAGACCAAGAGCACAAGACCAGGGCGACGGCUGAUGACGACGAGCGCAGAGAUAUCGGGCCAGAACGGCGGUGCGUCUGGGGAUGUCAACUCUUCAUAUAAAAAUUAACGAAAUAUAAAUUAAAAAAUAUGCCCAACCUCUGCCAGUCUCUGGGCGAUGAAAUAAAAACCAGAAAUCUCGUUCUUGCUCCCCUGCCUCCCGCUGGCGAUUUACGAGCAUGGCCUGAGUAUGUCCCUUCUGGUUUCGAGUUACGCCUG